UCACCUCAAACCUCGGCGAAACAAGUCGCGUUUUUUUUUCGCCCUUUCGUUUUUUUAAAGAUGUUACAUCAUUCGUUUCGUGCGGAUCUGGUUUAAAAUUUCUGGAAUUCUUCUAGCAGUGGAUACAAAUUCCAACACAUGUUUCCAUUUUGCAUGAAAAGGUUGGAACCCAAUUGGACGCAGGCACGGUAACCUACAACAGGUGUGUUGCUCAUGCCCCCCCCCCCCCCCACCCCAGUGAGACGUGCCCUGUGUUCAUGUGAGCCGUUUAGUCGGGAGGCCAGACGCCAUUGUGUUUACAUUCUGGUUACUGACGACUUCUCCAACGGCUUCUUGGUAAACAAGAAGACGCCUGUGUUGAGUGAGGACAAGUUCAAGGUCGAGUGGCUCACUAAAAGAAACAUUCCUACCCGCCAGCCUCUCAGUGACUUCACGUCUGCUAUAAUAGUCGCAGCAAACAGUCGUCUGCUCAUAGUGUGAGUAAAACCUGGCAAGUCUGAGCGCGUCACAUUUUCAUGCCUUCAAAUUGUUUUUGUCUACGUCAUUUUCACACCAAGACAAGUGUCGUCUGCUAGCCAGACACGAGUUCCCGCCCCCACCCCAGAGCCUCACCAUGGUGACGGCCAUGAAGGAGGUGACCUACUUGAAGUGUGCGGUGGUCGGGGACGACGCCGUGGGUAAAACGAGCAUGCUCAUGGGAUAUGCCACUAACCGCUACCCCACCCAACACGUGCCUUCAGUCUUUGAUAACUAUGCUGGGUCUCUCAAGAUGGCUGGCCGACAGAUCCUUAUGCACAUCAUAGACACUCAAGAAUAUGAAGAGAACCCGAUGUUCCGUCAAGACCUGUACGUAGGAACACACGUCAUCUUCGUCUGCUUCUCCGUCAUCCGGCCUGUCUCGUUACGUCACGUGGAAGAUGUGUGGCUGCCGGAAAUACGCUGCCACGCCCCCACCACGCCCUUUAUUCUAGUCGGGGCUCAGGCAGACCUGAGGUCGGCGGAAGCCAUCGUUGAGAUGCUGGCCACAACUGACCAGCGUCCCGUGACCACAGCAGAAGGCGCGGCGUUCGCCAGACGUGUUGGCGCGGCUUGUUACAUAGAGACCUCACCGGAAGUGGAGAAAAACGUACGGAAACUGAUCAAUGGCGCCAUCGCUUCUGUUCUCAAGGUCAAGGAGAGUGACUCGGUUUCCUGCUCGAUUCUGUAGAGAUCUUGCAGCAGACAAUCUUCGCCGUUUGUUCAAAUUUGUUGGGUAAAAUCAAAUUUGAGUUAACAACUUUCAGACGCACAAUAUAGUUCUUUGCUAAACAAUAUGGACAUAUGCCAAACAAUAUGAACAUUUGACAUACAACAUUUGUCCUAUGGUUUUGGUAUUAUUCGAUGAGAUGUUGCUCUCAAUCAGACAAGCAUACAGAUCUGAUUGAACCAGCAAUAAACAUAACCUUACAGGCUAACAGAUACCUUCACAGUUGGGCAGGCUGAGUCUACUGUACCUUCACAUUCGGGCAGGCUGAGUCUACUGUACCUUCACAGUUGGCCAGAUAAAACGUGUCUUCUAUGUAAACCUGUGUGGCCAGGUUUCUUGUCCCAUGUACACAUCACUCAGUGCCUAUAGAAACAUGUCUAGUCAUUUUACUAACCCGCAACAAUACGGAUACACCAGGCUAUUCUCAUUCCUUCGACGACUUCUCAUGUGUGUAAAUACAAAUUGAUAGUUGUGACAUGCCAUUUCUCAUGUGUGUAAAUACAAAUUAACAGUUGCGACAGGUCAUUUCUCAUGUGUGUAAAUACAAGUUGGUAGUUGCAACAGGCCAUUAUAGGUUGCUCAGGUUAACAUGUUGUUAUCAAAACUAGUGCAACGUGGCAAUUUGUUAUUCCGUUCUUGAAGUGCCUAGAGAAUAGAAUUCUUGUAACUUGUGACGUCUAUUGAAACACUUACUUCCCCGAUGAGACGUUUGCUGGAGCAGAGAGACCUUAACCAGAGGGCUGUAGUUGAGUCAGUGGGUCGGGUGUCACCCGGUGCGGCACUUAAUGGUGUCACCUCCAGAGGCGUA